UUCCAUUUGCUUUCCAAGGCGAGCAGCCGGAAAAUAACCGGUUAAAUUAUUACUGAACCCAUUCCGUGAGUAACUGUUGCCUCCGCCCGCGGGGAUCGAACCUACUUCCGCUCUAGUAGCUGUAAUAGACUGGCGGCUCCGUACAUGUGACUCGCUCUUGCUUCGCGCCGGCCGGUUUCGUUCGCCUCUUUCCUUCGCUCUUGGCUCUGUUGCAAAGAAGCGCAACCCUCCACUAAUCGGUGAGCAGCCCCGACAAAGGCUAAGCUUUUGGGGGCAAGGGUUGAAUCGAGAUCUCCUUGCGCGUCUCUCCCUUUGGAGAACAGCCAUGCUUGCUCGGGGCAGAACAAUUUUCUCUGGACUUUCUGUCUACUGGAAACCUCUCUUCAAAGGCCGCCUCCUACUUGUAACCAACACAGUCAGCUGCGGAGGGCUUCUAGCAGCAGGAGACGCACUUCGCCAAUCCUGGGAGAUAAAGAAGGAUUCUAAACGGAAAUGGGAUCGUGCCCGGACAGCACGAAUGUUCACCAUCGGCUGCACUAUGGGCCCAAUGAUGCACUACUGGUACCUGUGGCUAGACAGGGCCUUCCCUGCUGCUGGCUUCAGUGGCAUCAGGACCGUCCUGAAAAAAGUUUUCAUUGAUCAGAUCGUUGCCUCUCCAGUCUUUGGGGUUUGGUAUUUCAUAGGGAUUGGAUCUUUAGAAGGACAGACUCUGGAGGAAAGCUGGCAUGAAUUGGAAGAGAACUUUUGGGAAUUCUACAAGAUGGACUGGUGUGUGUGGCCACCAACACAGCUGAUCAACUUUCUGUUCCUGCCCCCCGCGUAUCGAGUGAUUUACAUGAAUGUCAUCACUCUAGGAUGGGACACUUACCUAUCAUACCUUAAACAUCGUAAUAAAAAGCCAGUGCUCGACCAGGAUGAGGACUCUAAACCUUGCACUUCUGAAAUCCAGACUACUGGGUGAAAAGUGUGAAUAACCAAACUACUUUUUAAAGACUCGAAGCACACCGGCAUCUUUUCUUUCUUUUUCUUUUUUCAAAAAUGCUAUUUGAAUUCUUCUGCGUAGGAAAUGGUGCCUGAAUUCUAAUUUUCCUUGUCAAAAAUUCUGUAACAAGAACGAGACUGAAAGCUCAGAGCACUUUUCCUUUGACAGGUUGGUGCGAGUUGAAGCAGCAACCUGCAUCCAGGAAGCAGAAGUGCUGUCCCAUAAAAGUGCCAAAUUAUAGAUUUUUCUAAUUUAUUUAUUUAUUAGUUUUCUAUUGCCUCAAUCUCGUGAUUUUGGAUGGUGUGCAAGAAUCUCAACAGUGAUCUUAAAAUCAACUGUGUCAGCAGAAACAGAGACAAAGAAAAUACGUCCAUCUUCCUUCCCCACUAAGCCUUGGAGUAAUCAGGAAAGUUUUCCAGAGCUUCUUAAAAGCCAAGAAUGAAGCAUCAGGUGUAUUUCCAGGGAAGGUUUAUUCCAUAGAGCAGUGUUUCUCAGCCUCAACAGCUUUAAGAUGAGUGGAAUUUCUACUAGAAUUUCCCAGCCAGCAACGAGGUGUGGCCAUAUUUGAGAACCGUUGAUGGUCUUCGGAUUAGCAACUCAGUUCACUCUUUGGAGGAUGAAUGCAUCUAUUUUGGAAAUCCUAACUAUUUAGAUAAUGGGAAAGUCAGACAAGCUAAGAAAGGGAGAAGUAAAUAAAAGAAAAUUCAUGUUGGUAUCUGUAAUCCCAUAGCAUCCUUUAUAGAACAUGCUGCCAGAGGGGAUGGAUUUGGGCAGCCUUUACAUUUGAUGAAUAUAUCUUAAAAAAAUAACAAGCUGAGCUUCAUCCCAUGAUUGUGUUGGAAGAUUAAAUAUGGGAAACUAGAUUGUGUCCUUAUUGUUAUGCUCACAAGCAGUGCCAUAGAGGGCUAGGAUUUAAAAAAGGCCUUAAAACCAAAAGUGAGGGACCAAAUGACUCUCAAGCAUGGGAAUUUUUAAAUUCCCUAUUUUUUCCUUCAGUGGAUUAGAGGAAUAUAUCAGGGAAAUGUUUGCUCACAAUAUAUCUAGACUUCUAUUGAAUUUAUGCUUCAUUCUAUGUACUAUAUUUACUACAUAGGUAGAUCAAACUGCCAGGGGUGAUUGCGUGGAACAUUAGGGUUGCAAUAAAUAUGAUGAUGUCUGUGGAAAUUUUCAAUCAUGCAUGUCAUGGUCAUCUCAAAGGUGCAUUUCCCAAAAGGCAACUGGACUUUCUUGGGGUUUUUUUCCCCUUUGAAAACAUUUUGCUUCUCACCCAAGA